AUGCGAUCAACAGGCGCGUGGCAGAAAUCCGCCUAUUCCAAGAAGGCUUGUCUUCGAUGCCGUCGGUCGAAGCGGAAAUGUGACAGAGUGCUGCCCAAGUGUCUCCUGUGUACCCGCCGGAAGGAUGAUUGUCAGUACGAGACUAUCACUGUUACGUCUUCAUCUGCUGCCUCAUCCGCGGAGCCGAUAAGCGCCCUUGAUGAUGGUCUAUCUUCGGAACAUAUCAGAGCCGCGAUAAUGGAACGGCUCUCUGGAGUCAAGCCUAGUGAUGCCGAGGCGGCCUAUGCCCGCAGCAUCAGGCCGUGGUUUCCUAUCAUUGGAGAAUCAAGGCUCGGUGGCCAGCUGUCCAACGGCUGGGAUGACGCCACUCUCGACUUCACCUUGCUGUGUUUGAGCAUUAUACUCUUCUGUACUGCUCCAAACUCCAAGGCAUGUGGCGAUGCCAACGCUUCUGGGCUCAUGGGCCUUUAUCUCUCCGUUAAGAGCUGGAUUGCGUUGGUCGAAGGGCUUGGAAUCAACUCGAUUGAAGUCGUACAAGCCAGGCUAAUGAUUGCAGCCUUUGAAGUCUCACAUAGCUUCUACCCAGCAGCUUAUAUAUCAAUAGGCGCAGUAGUCCGAGCGGCAGAGACACUGAAGAGAGAUAGGGAUCUGGAAACUGCCCCGUACCAGCCACGCACAGAGGAAGAAAGAGUAGAAGAAUUAACUACGUGGGCGGCGAUCAAGAUCCUAGACAGGUACAUUGCCGCUGAGUGCGGCGAAUCCCCGCCGGUUACAAGGCGCAUCUAUAACAAGGACCCUGAUCUACCCUACUCGGAGCUUCCAUUCGCUGUCUGCCCGGUUCUUUUGUCCGCCCCUCUUUCUCCCCAACGGCAGUUUCUUAGGCUCUACGAGGCAACGAACCUUCUGGAUAAAGUACACUUGGCUUUCUAUGAACCGACGCCCCGAAUAUCGUUCAAUCUUGAGGAGGGAGCUCUUCUAGUGAGCACACUAUCGUCGCUAAGAACGGUGAUACUGGGAGAAGUACCAGAUAAUGCAAGGAUUUACUCCGGCGGUCUCCACGUCUGCAAUAUGCUAACAGUUUUCAGCGGCCUCUUACUUAUCCAUGGCAUAUGCGAUAAAGCAAGGGCGUUAAACUACAUCGUCAAAGAGGAAUGGGUGACAGCAGCUCUCCCGAUGACUACGGUGAUCGAAGAUAUACAUGACAUGAUCCAGUCAAUCAAUAUUGAUGAAAGCGAACUAGACAGGCUCCCCCCGUUUGUCAAUUUCCUGCUGUACAAGGCCGCAAGUAUAGUGACAGUCCGACUGAUAGACCAGCUCAAUUUCGACAACAAUGCUCAAGUCUUGAAGACGUUCCGGGAUUUUCUAAAUGUGGUAAAAGCGAGAUGGCUGGCUGCAGGUCGUUAUAUAGCCCUUCUUGACGAAGAUACAACUCCACGGAUUUUCAAGGCACUGGAAAGGGUGAGAACUGCAAAUGGGCGGGAGACGACAAAGAGCUCAUAG